AUGCCAGCCUUGAAUCUACCAACUCCGACUGCCCUCCUAUGCACUCAGGUUCAGCUGCAGAUGACCGCAACCGAGAUGGAGCAGGAGGACAGUCAGGAGUGGGAGCUGUACUCCAGGUUCAUGGCAAACCAGCCGGCACCCAAGCAGAGCCGCCCGUUGCCGUCGGCUUCGGAGAACGACCAGACACCGGCCAAACAGCUGAAGACCCAGACACAGCCAAAGGGCAAGGGAAAGGGAAAGGGAAAGGGGAAAGGAAACGGAAAGGACAAGGGUCGCGGCAAGAAGCAGCUCACCAAGGACGAACAGCAGGAGCUGAUGGACCUUCGUCAGCUGUGCGAACAGCUGAUCAGACUGGCAAUCCGCCACGAGGACAGCAUCAAGGCACUCCAGCUCGACACAUCGUUCGUGCUUUGGCUGCGGGUGGGAUUGCCGGGCGGCCUCCCCGAGAGCCUCCAUCAAGCUGCCGAGACAUGGAGAACGGAUCGAGAUCAGGGCCUGGCCCGCACCUCCCUGCGGCAUCAUCUGUGGCUCCACCUUUGGAAGGAGUUUCAACGUCGCCUCACCCCGGCGCUCCUCACAGCCGAGAUUCAGUCCUUGAUGACGAAGCUGGGUUAUUUGAAGGACGGACACUGGGCAUUCCUCCGCUGGGAGGCCAACGAGGAGACAGGAGGACGGCUGAUCCCGGACACGGAGAAGAAGCCGCUGAACAUGCAGGAGGUCAGGGAGUCAGUAGAUCACAUCGUGCGUUUGAGCCAGGACGCGGAGCUGAUCACGCGCUUCUGCCCGACGCGUCCACUAGCAGCCGAACUGAAGGGACAGUCCAUUACAUUCCUGUGCUCGAUUGCCAACCGUUCGGCGCCCUCACACCAGCUACACGCAGGACUGCAAACCCUGUGCUCCAAUGCCAGUUGCCAAGUUCUGGGCAUGGCGAUCAAACCAGAACGCCUCGCUCGGAGCCCACUGGCCAAUGCUCUGGCUCGGCAGCUUCCAGCAGCCCAGUCGCGGACUCAGCAGCUGCUAAAGCACUCACGAAAGGCCCCGGGACAGCAGCACGACGCAGCUGAGUUUCUCAAAUCCUUCCAGGUGGGAGCCAAUAUGAACGCUUUGAGUGGAGUAUGGCAAGCACGCACCACUGAAGGAGAGGUGCGAUACCUGGGAGACACCUCUCCCCUGCCUUUGUCGGUGCCCCUGAUUGCUGGCGCUACGGUGCAAGAACUUGUGAACUCAUGGACUGCCCAAGCCCAGGUCCAUGCGCUGUGGCAUCCUCCUGAGUGCAUAGCUUUGCAGCUUUCGCGAUACGGCCCGCAUGGUAAACUUCACACCCUCUUAAGGCUUGACGAUGAAGUGGUGCAAAUUCCUAGCUUUGUUGCAUCGGACACUCGUGUAUGCAAUGUCGCAUAUAAGCUGCAAGCCGUCGCGGUUCACUUGGGAAACACUCCUACGGAGGGCCAUUACCGAGCUGCCUUGCUGGACGAAGGCAACAAACUCUGGUAUGCAGACGACGGCAAAACCGCCACUCUUGCAAACGCCAAAAUCAGGCAUGAGAUUCAAGCCAACUGCUAUGUUCUCUACCUAACUCGAGUGUAA